UCACGUGGCGGGAUGGAUGCUGCUCACUCAUCUCGUGAUUUCGUGACACUAAUUGUUGAUUAACAUAAUUAAAAGUUGCAAAUACGUGCUAACUUGGGAGCGUGUGAUAAUCUGUCAUUCUCGUGUUAAGGAGAUCAUGAUCGAGGGAAAGGUGAAGCUGUGAAGACAGGUGGGGGAGAGGACUCGGGAGAAUUUAAACUAAUGAAAGUGAAUGUACAGAGAGAAAUAGAGCUGGAACAGCUGUUAGUAGAGCUGCAACAGCUGUUAGUAGAGCUGCAACAGCUGUUAGUAGAGCUGCAACAGCUGUUCGUAGAGUAGGAACAGGUGUGAGGGUCAAGGAGAGUAUCACUCAGCAUCCACAACACCAGCCUAUGGUGGGCGGCUCCCCCUUUCCCUCCCUCUCCCCCCUUCCCCUCUCCGGUGCCACAACCUUUCAUUGAUGAUUAAGAGGCGAGGACCGGGAGCUGGAGCUCCACCUCUGCAGGCACAAAUGGGCGAGAAUGUAGUGUUGUACCAGCGUUGUCUGGCCAUCAAACUCACAAGAGACCAUCCACCACCCACCCGUCCAUCCUCCGCCUUCGAAGAGGUGGGCGGGCGCAAGGUUCCAUCCACCACCUCUACCACACCCUCCACGGAUAGCGACACUCCCACACCCACCAACGGUCCGCCUCUAGGUUCACUGACGACCACUACCCCUGUAGUUUCUGACCUGACAACCUCUGUACACUCUGCCAUCAGCACCACCACCACCAACCAUCAAGAUGGAUACCUCCUCUUUCUGGCGUGGCAAACGGCUAAUCUGGUGUGUGUGUGGGACAAGGAGUUACUGGUGGCCGUGCAGGAGACAGAGUACGUUGGUCACCUAGUUGGUGGCGUGGUGCUGGUGGGAGGGAGUUCCUGUGUGUUGGCUGCCCUCACACAUGCCUGGUCCAGGGCUCUCCUCGCUGCUCCAACUGGCUUCACCAUCACCAUGUUUGGUGAGGUUUCUGGUUGCAGUGUUGUCACAGUACCUCAGGGACAGUUUACACCUCUGGGUGAUGCAUUAUGCUGGGUGAUUCACAGACUGACAAGAGAUGGUGGACGAGCUGAAGCUGAGGCGGUUCGUGCAACGCUUGCCAUUACCUUUCCAAGCCUCGUCGCUCCAGAUGCAGCACACAUUCAUUCCACUCUGUCGAACCUCAUUCGCCAGUGUAAAGUCUUUUACACGGGACAUAGCUAUGGCAUCGUCCAACCCAAUACUUACUUGCUGACGGCAGUACCCGACAAAUCUCCUGGCAAUUCACACACUUUAUCUCCUACUGGGUCUUCUAGCCAUCCAUUUCCUGGAGUCAUCAACAAACCUCAUCUGUGUGGCACCAAUGCCAUGUGCAGCGACAACCUCUCACACGCUGCAGCUCAGACAGACCUGGCAGAACUCAUAACAGGAUCUUCUCAACCUGCAGAUAAACUCAUCACGCCCAGCCCCAUUCCACCAGGAUUUUGGAGUGGAGGGUCAUCAACUUUGGAGCGCCAAACAUCACUGCGAGUGUUGUCGAGCCACCGCAGUCAUUCCCGCACUGCUUCCCUUAGACUGUCGCCCAACAAGGCUGCCUUGCUUGCGACUGCAUUUGCCAAUGAGCCUUCAAGUAGUUUGCACUCCAACAUCUACAAGGCACAUGAUAUGUCCGACAUCACUGUGCGAGCAGGAGAACGAGGGUCAGUACUGAGCAAGUUAUUGAGAGUGUCUCCACGCCGACGGUUGGGGUCAUUCUCUGCACAGUUUCCUCCGCCUGAGUGGAGUGAUAAUGAUGCUCCAGCUGUCCACCUUCAUUGUGUUGCUGUCCAGACAGUGUCGCAACACAAACAGCAGGAAGAAAAGGAGUUUUGGUGGUGUGGUGCAUCACAGUGGACACCACGUUCUGCAACACUUCCACGCCGGCUACGCCGCCCCCAGUCUGCCACUCCACCAUUGUCACAAAGAUCAGACUCUUCUUCUCCAGCACCACAACAGACAUCUUACUUUCAUAUUCAGGGUUCUCAUUUCCUCUCUCAUGUUCACCUUCAGAUGUCACCAUCUCAUUGUUCUCACACGCCUGCAAAGGAAAAAGAUGAGAGGCUUGGGGCUGAAGUUUCACCCAUGCAUCGCUGUGGAGAGCCGGUUUUUAUCACCAGGAGUCACAGACAUCGAUCACCAGCUUACCAGCAUUAUGAAAAUCAUGAACAUUGGUCACCAGUUCAUCCAAACGCUGGGAACCAUAAGCAUCGAUCACCAGUUCAUUCCAAUACUGAAACUUACAAACAUCAUUCUCCAGUUUGCCAAUCUAUAGAGAAUUACAAAUAUAGACCACCAGCUCACCACUAUUCUGAAAACAAGAAAACUCACAAUGAAUGUUCAUUUGAAUCCUCGCCCAACAAAAGAACUCUCCAUAACCAGGUACCUAUAAAGAAACAGAUACACGAGGAGUUUCCUCACCACUCAUUGCUAGAAUCUCACACAGUUACAACCAAAGCACAGACACACAAGAGACAAACAGAACUACACCAAAAGAAGUCAAGGGAGGAAAUUAAAGUGCCAUUACAGGAGACUUGUACUAAUGUGUCCAGAGAUGUCCAAAUAAAAAAGUUGAGUGAGGUUCUCAUCAAAAGAAGUGGAGAGGGAGUAGAGAGAACACAGGACGAGAACAUGCAAAGAUCUGAGGAGAUGCCAGUGAGCCAACGCCACAGACACAGGCCACAUCAUAGUAUAAAAGAAGAUGAGAACAUACAGAGAUCUGAGGAGAUGCCAUUGACCCAAAACCAUAGACAUAGGCCACAUCACAAUAUGAAAGAAAAAAAUCAGAAGCAAGAGGAAAGCAAUCUCAAGAACCAGAGUACAGAGAAAUACCAAAGAAGAGAUAAAGACAGGGAAGACAGCAAGGAUGAAAUAGUAAGUAAUGCAGAUAAAAAAAGCCAGACAAAUAAUGUCAAAUCACAUAAAAAUAUUCCUUUUGAAAAUAAGGAAGAGCGAAGUCAGAAGAUGCUCGAGCUUAAAGAAGGUGAGAAAGAACCACAAAUUGAAAUCUCAAAAACUGGUAAAAAGCCUGAAUGUAAAGAAGCAAAGAGGAAUGAAAACUGCCAACGGCAGAAAUUGAAGAGAGAUCUUCCUAGGAAGAAUGUUUUGCAAUAUGACCGCUCUUCUCUGCAACUGGAUCUAGCAUCUACUAACAUGAACAAUUCUCGAAAAGUGGUAUCAUCUCCUCAGCGUCCAGAAGGACUUAAAAAUAAUAUGCUGCACAAUGACAAUGGGUUGACAGACAUCAGUAAAGGCUCAUGUCAUGAUCUUACCUCCCGUAAUCUAGGUUAUCAAGAGGUGGACAAAUGCCACAAGCAGAUGUGCAGUCAGACCCUUGAUCAGGUGCAACAGCAGACAGUGAGUCCAACACAGCAGACACAGAUAUCUCCUUACACCAAAAAGCAGUGCCUUUGCUCGCCCAAGAAGAAAAUAUCUCCAGAAACUGAGGCACAGAAUGACACCAACAUUGUAGUUUUAGACAACAAACAAGCAACUUCUAAAGAUGUAAGUAGCACCAGUACAACUUGCAUGGAAAAGGAUGGUGACAAAGUCAGCAGUAGUCCAGAUGCUGAGGUGGUGUCAGUUAGUACGUAUCCCAGCCUUCCAGAACUUAACCUCAAUUUCAGCUCCUUGGCAGCCCAGAAGAUUUUGUGUGGUGCAAGUAUCAACAGCAUCGACACACUGGUGGAGGUCAACUUGGCAGCGGAGAAGCACAACAUAAAUAAUAAACAUUCAGAAUCUGUCACCAAUACUGACUUUGGUUUUCUUUAAACCAAGCAUUUGCAAAAGUAUAGCGAUACAAAUGCGAAAACAAAAACGCCAUUUGUAUAGUUUAGGGAAAUUUUCUUCACAGAUUUUUUAGAAUACAGUGCAUUUACUAUCAGGAGGAAGAGAGGAAGAAAAAUAUAUCCCCAAAUUUUCACAUAAACUCUGUCGUAAAGACCACACUGGUGAAAGAGGUUUUAGGUCAGUGCAGGAUAAAUAUCUGCAAUUUCUCCUUCCUCUUUUCUCCGGGGUUAAUAUUAAAUGUAGGAAAGCCUUCAUGUGACAGGGCAGCAUGGGAAUUCAGUUUCAUAGAAAAAUGGAUGUAGAGUAGGUUUUUUUUUUUUUUUUUUUUUUUUUCAACAAGUCGGUCGUCUCCCACCGAGGCAGGGUGACCCAAAAAAGAAAGAAAAUCCCCAAAAAGGAAAUACUUUCAUCAUCAUUCAACACUUUCACCACACUCACACAUUAUCACUGCUUUUGCAGAGGUGCUCAGAAUACAACAGUUUAGAAGCAUAUACGUAUAAAGAUACACAACAUAUCCCUCCAAACUGCCAAUAUCCCAAACCCCUCCUUUAAAGUGCAGGCAUUGUACUUCCCAUUUCCAGGACUCAAGUCCGACUAUAUGAAAAUAACCGGUUUCCCUGAAUCCCUUCACUAAAUAUUACCCUGCUCACACUCCAACAGAUCGUCAGGUCCCAAGUAUCAUUCGUCUCCAUUCACUCCUAUCUAACACGUUCAUGCACGCUUGCUGGAAGUCCAAGCCCCUCGCCCACAAAACCUUAGUUUAUUAAACUUUUUACCAAGAUAGUUUCUAAAGGCGUAAAGUGGGGGCAUACAGUGAGGUCUUAUAGUGCCGCCCAGCAGCGUACCUGAGGGUUUACAACAACACAGACUAGAUACGUUUCUCGUCUAUAGUUAAGCAAGAGACUUUAAUUGCAUAAAGACCCCUUUACUUUGAUUAAAGUUGUACAAAUUACUGUACCCUGUACCUGUGUAUAAGUUUUGCUCUGUACCCUUGCUUUGUUAUUCCUGAAAAGUCAUCUUGGUGAAAUGUUGAAUAAACCAAGAUUGUACUCCAGUCGUCCAUGGUUCAUUUUGCAUUAGAGUUCAGUAAAUGUGUCAGAGAGCUUAAUCUUUGAUACUCACUCCUGUGUCCCCAUGUAGAAUAAUGUUAUUGCCAAUUUGAGUUACGCUUAAUUAAAUUCGAAAUACAUUAUGUACGACUUGUAAUUGUCUCUUUGGAAUGGACCAGAUUAUGGAGAGUAUGUAAUAGGAAUUCAAAACACUAUGAAGGUGUAAUCCAGUCUCUGGUUUAGAUAAUAUUAGCAGCUCAUAUAAUUGUAGAUAUAGUUAUCUUUGUAUACUAACAUAAACAUACAUUUUAUACUAAAAUUAAUUUAUCUGCUCACCACAAUAGAAGUCAGUUUGUAAAUAUUUAAUCAGUGUAGCAAUGUUCAUAGAGUGAGUGAGAGUGAGUGUGAGAGUAAGUGAAUAUGUGUGUGUGUGAAUGAGUAUGUGUGUGUAUGCAGCGGAUGCUGGAGAGUUUUUAGGGUCCUUUGAAGUAACCAUAGGGUCUCCCAAGGUGGCCUUAAACACUUUUAACUCAUUUCAGUAUUUUUCAGAAUUGAUUUUGCAUAGCACUAGAUUCUAUGCUGUAAACUAGCAACCAUGUACCGUAUACCAAAUUAAUGUACCUGUACAGUACGUACAUGUAUGCUUUGUGCUAAAAAGUGCGAGCAUUCAUGCAAGUGGAGUUGAUGCACAUUAACUGCAUGUACUUCUUCACUGAAACAUCAGUAUAUAUUAGUAUAGUUAUAGUAAAUAUUCUUAUACAAAUGCAUGCAGAAGAGUUUCAGAAAUUAUAUGUCAUAUACGUACAGUGGUAACUCGGGAUACGAAUUUAUUUCGUUCCAGAAGGCUGUUCGAGUGCCAAUACCGAACAAAUUUGUUCCCAUAAGAAAUAAUGUAAAUUAGAUUAAUCUGUUUCAGACCCCCAAAAAUACACUUACAAAGCACUUACAUAAAUACACUUACAUAAUUGUUCAAGUUUUGAGCAUUUCGUAUCCCAAGGUACCACUGUACUGACAUGUAAUCACAUGAUGUCUGCCAUAAUUAUCUUAGUAUACUACCAUCACAAGUUGAGCUAUUUAGAUGUAACUUAGGAGUAUUUAUGCCUUGCAAGUGAUAUGAGCAAAUUUUAACACUUCACUUUUGCCUAAUUAUGAACAUUUUUAUUUAGUUUGGGCUAAUAAUUACUACACAUUAAUUCUUGUUGUUGCAAGAUUUGUGUGUAGCAGCCAUAGAACGAGAGUAACCUAAGACUAAACUCAUUUGCAUCAUCAUUCUUUAUAAGAAUAUAAAUUCAUUGCAAGAAUUUUUAAUACAAUGCUGUACUUAUUCUGUGUGUUGAAAAUGGUGUCCCAGGACAGGCAUAUGUUGGUUUUUCUUGUAUUGUGGCACUAAAAUAGCAACCCUACAACAUGGUACUGAUGUGUUGUAGUUCAUGUUGGAGUGGCAAUCACAUUAACUCAGGGAAAUUAUUAUAUGCAUUCAUUAUGUUUGGUGCUCACUAAUGCUUCUUGUGUCAUUUAGUCUGCAGUGCAAGGUGGUGGCAGGGUCCAGCGCAGUGCUGGGUCAUCCUGGUUCUGUGUGGGGUUGUAAAUGGUAUGGUGAUACUGAUGAACUGUGGAAAUUGAUACAUACCAGGGAACGGGUGGGAUUUAAACCAAGGCGAGUGAGUCCUAAAAUUCACAGGCCAGUAUGUUAACCACUUGGCCAGCUGGCUUCAUUAACCCUUUCGGGGUUUCAGACGUACUGGUUUGGCUUAUGCACCAGGGUUUUUGAUGUACUAGUACGCCUAAAUUCUAGCGCCCUCAAAUCUAGUGAGAGAAAGCUGGUAGGCCUACAUAUGAACGAAUGGGUCUAUGUGGUCAGUGUGCGCAUUAUAAAAAAAAUCCUGCAGCACACAGUGCGUAAUGAGAAAAAAACUUUGACCGUGUUUUUGGAUUAAAUCAGUGACUUUGCACUGUAUUUUCACAUGGUAUUUAUUGUUGUAUUCUAGUUUUCCUGGUCUCAUUUUAUAGAAGAAGACAUAUUACAGAAAUUGAGAUGAUUUUGACUGGUUUUACAAAGAAAAGUACCUUGAAAUUGAGCUCAAAGUAACAGAAAUGUUCGAUUUUUACCAAAGUUCAAAAGUAAACAAAUCAUGCUAAGCGUCCAAUACACGUCAACUGGUGAGUCUGAUAUUCUUUCACAAGUGCGCUGAUAUUAUUUAUACCAUUUCUACACUAAUGCAUUAGUCUUCAUAACAGUAAAUCUUCUAUUUUUUGUGAGAAUAAAAAUUUAAAGUGGAAAGCAAAAGAAUGUAAGAGGGGCAUGGGGACGUGACUAAUGAACAGAGGAAAUGUUAUUUUAGUGCCAGGAAUGUAUUUCUUGUUUAUUCUGGACCCUAUUUGGAAAUUGGCAUCUUAUGAAAUUUGUGUGAAAUUGGCAAAAUUGCUAAAUUCUGACCACUGUACGUACUGGAUAGUUGAAAUCGGUAAAUGGGUGGUUUCUUGUACUCAUUCGAUAGAAAAAAUGGAGUUCUAGCGAAAUAGUUAUGAUUUUUGUCGACUAGUACACUAGAAUAGGCCGAAAAUAGGGCUCAAAGUGGGCAAAAUCGCCGAUGUGUAAACAUCGUCAAGACUGCUAACUUUGCAAGAGCAUAAUUCUGUAAGUUUUCCAUCAAAUUUCAUACUUUUGGUGUCAUUAUGAUUGGGAAAAGAUUCUCUAUCUUUUCAUAAGAAAAAAUAAUUUUUUUUUUUUUUUUUUUUUUGAAAUUUGGGCGAUCCUGAGAACAAGUCUAGGAGAGGGCCUGGAGACCCUGAAAGGGUUAGGAUUUAUCCAACCUCCCAGGGGUUCAAAUCCCACCCGUUCCGUGAUUUAUUCGCAGUCAUGUUUUUAUGAUUUUGUGAGUCAAACUGGACACUUGUGUGUUCAGGACAUUUAUAAAGUAAGUGUUUUCCCAUAAGUGCCUUCAUCAGUCCUAAAUUUAGGAAUUAUGAAGCCACUCUUGUUUCCUUUAAUAAAUGUCCUAAACUGUACACAAGUGGCCCUUUCCACACAGUACUGUACAUUAAUGAUUCCCUCUUACAUACCUGCAGAGACAAUACAGUUUAUAUGUGCAAUAUUAUUUGGCAUAGCUUUUCCUACUGGAUUAUUUAGUGUUUCUUAUUUAUGUAUGCUAAUAUUGGUUGGUUAUGUUUUAAGAUAAUUUAUGAUUUUUAUAUUUUUUUGUAAAUAAAAUAAUAUGUGCCAGAGGACACAAGUGUGCCAAAACAUUUAAAAUUAACUUCACAAUUCAGAUAACAUUUUAUCUCUUUGAACUUGGAGACAUUUUGCAUUUUGUGGAUGUAUGGAGCUAGAUUUUCAUACAUGUGUAUAUUGUUUGGUGUGGAAAACCACAUGCAGUGCAAAUAUGGCAUGUACGUAUAUUGGUAAUUUGUACUGGAAAAGGAUUGCGUCUGCAGUUCAGACUUCUUAAAUUGUUUUUGUAAUAGGGCCCAUAUUUUAUAUGUUUAAUCAACAUAACUUUAUUUUUAAAUGUUUGUAAUGUUCAAAUAAUAUUGACCAUAAUAUUACUGCCAAGUUUAUUAUGGAUGAUAAUAGAUGACACUGACUAUGGUGAUGUGUCAUGGUAGAGCUGUUACUCAGUAAAUAUAGUAGCAAUCAGUGAAGAGGCAGGGCCAGGAGCUAUGAAUCGACCCCUGCAACCACAAAUAUGUCUUGUAUGUACUGUAUAUGACUACAUCCCAUUGUCUAACUUAUGCAGAAAGUAUGGGGGUUACCAACAGUUUAAGCAGCAACAAAGUCUCCCCUACAUCCAGGAGUAAUUCUUUAUUGCUGGUUAACUAUAAGAAACUAUAGGUUAAUUUAGAUUAAGUUAGGUUAACAUAACCUAGAAUAACUGCCAAGUAGUAUAGAAAAAAAUCCACUGUUUAGAUCAUGUAGAAAUUGACACACUGUAUUGCACACAAAAAUUAAUUCUCAACUUUGAGGAUAGGUUACCUGUUAUUAAUAUUACAGUGCCAAUAUUAUGGUUUUACUCAUCUGACUUAAAUUUAUUAUUAGAGCAUACUCCAUUUUUUUAAGAAGGCAGAAUUUUUUUUAUUACUCUGGAGUUUAUCUGGAGAGAGUUCCGGGGGUCAACGCCCCCGCGGCCCAGUCUGUGACCAGGCCUCCUGGUGGAUCAGAGCCUGAUCAACUAGGCUGUUACUGCUGGCUGCACACAAUCCAACAUGCGAGCCACAGCCCGGCUGGUUAGGUACCGACUUUAGGUGCUUGUCCAGUGCCAGCUUGAAGACUGCCAGGGGUCUCUUGGUGAUCCCCCUUAUGUAUGCUGGGAGGCAGUUGAACAGUCUCGGGCCCCUGACACUUAUUGUAUGGUCUCUUAACGUGCUAGUGACACCCCUGCUUUAUAUUGGGGGGAUGUUGCAUCGUCUGCCAAGUCUUUUGCUUUCGUUGCGAGUGAUUUUCGUGUGCAAGUUCGGUACUAGUCCCUUUAGGAUUUUCCAGGUGUAUAUAAUCAUGUAUCUCUCCCGCCUGCUUUCCAGGGAAUACAGGUUCAGGAACCUCAAGCGCUCCCAGUAAUUGAGGUGUUUUAUCUCCGUUAUGUGCGCCGUGAAGGUUCUCUGUACAUUUUCUAGGUCAGCAAUUUCACCUGCCUUGAAAGGUGCUGUUAGUGUGCAGCAAUAUUCCAGCCUAGAUAGAACAAGUGACCUGAAGAGUGUCAUCAUGGGCUUGGCCUCCCUAGUUUUGAAGGUUCUCAUUAUCCAUCCUGUCAUUUUUCUAGCAUUUUUCUAGAUGAAGAAUACAUUCUCAGAUUGAGAGUGUCUCAUAUAGAAAAUCCAAUGCAUAGUGACUUCUUCAAGAUGAUUACUAUUGAACAUCGAUUUUGCAUGACCUGAAUGCUUAUGUUAUUACUAAUAUAUUGAUCAAACUUCAUACUCUUAGCUAUUUUUUUUCACCAUCACUCAUUCCCUGGUUGUCUUUCUGUUUUUUUAUGAAUUUUUGGUUAAUGUAUGGUAUUUAUAUACAUAUAACUUAUCACUUUUGUGGCCUAUCAUCUCCAAACACACCAUUCAUGGGAAGGUUUGAUUACUGUAGGUAACUCAGGUUGAAUUAUGUGGGCUUAUUAAUAUUAAAAAUUAUCCUAAUUUGCAGAAUAUGUAAUUUAAUACAAGAGUACCUGUUGAGGCCAUGUUGGUACACAGCAUCCAUCACUCACACACAUAGUACACAGCAUCCAUCACUCACACACAUAGUACACAGCAUCCAUCACUCACACACAUAGUACACAGCAUCCAUCACUCACACACAUAGUACACAGCAUCCAUCACUCACACACAUAGUACACAGCAUCCAUCACUCACACACAUAGUACACAGCAUCCAUCACUCACACACAUAGUACACAGCAUCCAUCACUCACACACAUAGUACACAGCAUCCAUCACUCACACACAUAGUACACAACAUCCAUCACUCACAUAGUACACAGCAUCCAUCACUCACACACAUAAUACACAGCAUCCAUCACUCACACAAUUAGUACACAGCACCCAUUACUCUCACACAUAGUACACAGCACCCAUUACUCUCACACACAGUAUAAAACCAUUAUUACUUUCACACACAGUAUACAGUCAUUACUCUCACACACAGUAUGCAGUCACUACUCUCACACACAGUAUACAGUCAUUACUCUCACACACAGUAUACAGUCACUACUCUCACACACAGUAUACAGUCAUUACUCUCACACACAGUAUACAGUCACUACUCUCACACACAGUAUACAGUCAUUACUCUCACACACAGUAUACAGUCACUACUCUCACACACAGUAUACAGUCAUUACUCUCACACACAGUAUACAGUCAUUACUCUCACACACAGUAUACAGUCAUUACUCUCACACACAGUAUACAGUCAUUACUCUCACACACAGUAUACAACAAUUAUUAUUCCCACACACAGUAUACACCGAUCAUUACUCACACACAAUAUACAACAAUCAUCGCUCACACAAUAUACAACAACCAUUACUCUCACACAAUACAGUGGACCCUCGACCAGCGAUGGCAUCGAUUAACGAUAAAUCUGACUAGCGAUACAUUUUAUCGCAAAAAUUUUGCCUCGAUUAGCGCUAAAAAACUCGACCAACACUAUUCCUUCCAUCUGAGACGCGUCCACUUCUGGCCAGUGUUUACAAGCCAGCCAGGCACCGCGGUUGCUUCCAAGCAUACAAUCGGAACAUUUCAUAUUAUCACAGCCUUUUUAGUGAUUGCACCUGCAAAAUAAGUCACCAUGGGCCCCAAGAAAGCUUCUAGUGCCAACCCUACAGCAAAAAGGGUGAGAAUUACUAUGGAUAUGAAGAAAGAGAUCAUUGCUAAGUAUGAAAGUGGAGUUCAUGUCUCCGAGCUGGCCAGGCUGUACACAAAACCCCAAUCAACCAUCGCUACUAUUGUGGCCAAGAAAAUGGCAAUCAAGGAAGCUGUUCUUGCCAAAGGUGCAACUAUGUUUUCGAAACUGAGAUUGCAAGUGAUGGAAGAUGUUGAGAGACUGUUAUUGGUAUGGAUAAACAAAAAACAGAUAGCAGGAGAUAGCAUCUCUCAAGCGAUCAUAUGUGAAAAGGCUAGGAAGUUGCAUGACGAUUUAAUUAGAAAAAUGCCAGCAACUAGUGGUGAUGUGAGUGAAUUUAAGGCCAGCAAAGGUUGGUUUGAGAGAUUUAAGAAUCGUAGUGGCAUACAUAGUGUGAUAAGGCAUGUUGAGGCUGCCAGUUUGGACCAAAAAGCAGCUGAAAAAUAUGUGCAGGAAUUCAAGGAGUACACAGACAGUGAAGGACUGAAACCUGAACAAGUGUUUAAUGGUGACACUGACAAUGUUGUGAAACACGUUAGGAAUGUCAUAAAGGAAUGGGAGGUACAGACCUCUAUGGGCAGAUAUGUUGUGCAACAGAGGUCCAGUGACUCUCAAGCUGGUCCUAGUGGCAUUAAAAGAAGGGAAGUAACCCCGAAAAAGGACUUGCCACCUCAAGUCCUAAUGGAAGGGGAUUCCCCUUCUAAACACUAAGACCAUCAACACACUCCCCUCUUCCCAUCCCAUCAGUCAUCACCAGAUCUUCAAUAAAGGUAAGUGUCAUGUAACUGUGCAUGUCUUCUUCAGUUUGUGUGUAUUAAAAUUAAUAUUUCAUGUGUUAAAAUUUUUUUUUUUCAAUACUUUUGGGUGUCUUGCACGGAUUAAUUUGAUUUCCAUUAUUUCUUAUGGGGAAAAUUAACUUGACUAACGAUUAUUUUGACUAACGAUGAGCUCUCAGGAACGGAUUAAUAGCGUUAGUCGAGGGUCCACUGUAUACAACAAUCAUCACACACACAAUAUACAACAAUCAUCACUCACAAUAUACAACAAUCAUUACUCUCACACAAUACGUAUACAACAAUCAUCACUCAUAAUAUACAGCAAUCUAAAAUAAAAAUAAAAAAUAAAAUCAUUACUCUCACACAAUAUACAACAAUCAUCACACACACAAUAUACAACAAUCAUUACUCUCACAUACAUGACACAACAUAUAUUAAUCUCACACAUUUGCACGUGGCACCCGUUAGUCUCGCACGGCGGUUUCAGAUUGACAGCUAUUAAACCAUGGAACAAGUAGGGUUUGAACUCAUGGCAAGUGAGUUGUACAACUCCAGGCCAGUGUGUAAGCAGCUCGACCAGCUGGCUUUGUUUGCAAUAGUGUUAUUAUGUUUAUUGGUUCUUAAUGUUCCUCCUGCAAGAUUUAAUGAGUAGAGAUUCAUCCCUUUAACUUUGGUAAUUCCAGUCCAUAUUAAUGUGGGUAUGAUUAAUUUUUGCAAGUGACCAUUCAGAUGUGUUAGUCACUGAUAUAUAUUAAUGUAGACAUCUUACCGAUGAAUUUUAUUCAAGCAUUGUUACUCCUUCUUUACUAUGAUAAUAAAUAUUUUUUAACAAAUUUCAGUAAGGUAUUAGUAGCAUUUUUUAUUUUUUUUUUGCAAUAGUGAAUUACACUAACAGUAGGUGAUUAUAGGGUUUUUGUAUGUUGAUUUUGGGAUAAUUGUCAAGUAGAUAGCAAUCAGGAAGCAUGGAUUCACUCUUGUGAUAACAGUUAUCUCCCUGGUUGUAAUAUUUCUCGUCAAUGCCUUUUUAUCCCCAUAGCUCAGUAGAUGGUCACAUCCAGGGAGGUUCAGUGCUACCGUCCAGUCAUAUAAAUGUGAAACAAAAAGCCUAUUAAUGUUUUUAUUCUGUUCUUGAGCAUUAAAAGUUACAGGUAAAUCUUACAAACAUUUAGUGUGACUUGCAAAUGGUCCAGGUCAGACCGAAACAUCGUCAUGAGCUUCUCUCUCUUACAUGCAAGUUAUUUGUCUAUUACAAACAUUUACUUAUACUCAGUAUACACCUUUCUCAGCUAAUUGUUUCUUAAUACUGGUAAUGCAGUACUUUUUUUUGUAGUAUAGUACUGUAUAUUUUGUUUCCAAGUGUUGGAGGCCUAGUUUAAGAUUGGGCUGUAGGGUCAGUGAUCUCCAAAACUAUUAGUAGAUAAUGAUCUGAAUAUUUCAUCCCCUAAUUUAAGCUUUGUGAAAACAUUAUCUAGUUAGUGUUUUGAAGGAACUAGUAUUGUAUAGUUCCUAAUUACCUGUAGCCUUCAGACUGGUGCUUUUGAUGUACUGUAUAUAUUGCAAUAUAUAGGAGUGCUAAUUGUUCAUAAUUGUUUUACAUUGUGUAUUCAGCCAUCCAAAUUUGAAAGGUUAUGUUCCCAGAGGUCCUUGACAAAGCAUAAUCUGUGAAUAUAACUAAAUUAUGUUAAUAUAAUUAAUUUUGUUUCAGAUUUGUGCUGAUUUUGUAUCUCAGAGGAAUAUCUCUGAUAAGAAAAGAUUAAAGAAAGCAGAGAGACUGGGCAUGGGAAACCCAGUGUGCAGAUUUUGACCAAAAUACCAUGGCUAGCUUUUAAUUUAGGUAAUGUGCACCAAGCCAAAGCAAAAUAGGCACAACAAAAUGUUUACAUUUCCAUUGUUUCUAAUUUGUUACAAGAAUGUAUUGAAUUAAACGUGCAGCUGAUUGAUGAAUGUGAUACUUCAGUAUCAUUCAUCAAGUUGGUAAUUUUCUGAACUACAGUGGACCCCCGGUUAACGAUAUUUUUUCACUCCAGAAGUAUGUUCAGGUGCCAGUACUGACCGAAUUUGUUCCCAUAAGAAAUAUUGUGAAGUAGAUUAGUCCAUUUCAGACCCCCAAACAUACACGUACAAACGCACUUACAUAAAUACACUUACAUAAUUGGUCGCAUUCGGAGGUAAUCGUUAUGCGAGGGUCCACUGUAUUUAUAUUCAGUACAGCUGACUACAUUGGACAUCUGUCUUAAGAAUUAUCCUGCCUGUUUAUUUUUUAUAAUAAGAACAUUCAGCCUUUCAGCUUUUGCAUAAGAAAAACAGACUUCUUUGGGGAACAGAAUGUAUAUUAAAAUUAUAUUGUUAUUUUUUGUAGUCAGCAAUAAUUGGCAUAGUAUUCACAACUGUCCGAACUAUUCCACCACCCAAACAGUCCCUGCUCCCUUACACCGCAGAGUAUUUGACCUGUAUAAAGACUAAACAUUUGCAAAUCAGUAUUUGCCCAUGUCUUUCCACUGACUUUCAGUGCCUAGAAUACAUUAUUUUUUCAUCUCUGUUUACAAUACAUUAUAAGCUAUUUUUUUAACAUGGCCUUUCCUCACCAACACAGGGUGACCCUAAGAGGAAAAUACAUUCACCAGUAUUCAUUCUCUAGUUGUUUUUCCAAAAGUACACAAACAUCAUAAUUCAAUGAUCCUUGAAACCGAAAUGAUAUCCUUCUAAACUGUAAAUAUGUAUUAACUUGAGUCAUAGUUACACACAUCACAUAACAGAAAAUGGUUAUUAAAACUAGUACAACCACACUGUGGAACUACCCUACCCUAAUCUAUAAUGACAUUUUAUACUGAGGGUGUCUUGCUCUCCAUACAUUAUCCAUUAAUGCUUUUCUUGUUAUUUUUCAUGUAAUUAGCCUAUGCGUGAGAUUGGUAAUAACUCAUUGCAAACAUGAUGGUGACUGCAUAUACUUGUGCAUUCUGGCUGUAUACACCAUGAAGUUAACCCCUAAACGGUCCAAACGUAUAUAUGUGUUCUCUCGUGUAGCGCCCCAAAUGUAUACUAUAUACGUUUUCUUUGUCAUUCAUUAAACAUUGCCACGAUAAGCCUGAGUCGCCUAGACAUGAGAGAAUGGGUGUGCGCACUCACUGUGCGCCAUAUUAAAAUAAUUGGGGAUGCCUGGGUACCAUAUGCUCUUUUUUCCUAUUAAAAAAAAAAAAACAAUUUUUUUUUUCCUCAAAAAAUUUGGGGCGCUACGCAAGUGAACGUAUAUAUACGUUUGGACCAUUUAAGGGUUAAGGACCCAACCAUCAAGAUAAAACAAACUAAAAGAAACACAUUGCACUCUCCAUUGUUACUACAUGACUAUAUUGCACUUUGCAUUGUUGCUACAUGAAGGUAUUAGACUGCAGUGUUUUACAUUAUGUAAUCUAAAAGAACAAUUAUAGUUUCUUGGAAGAAAUCACAAUAAAAUGUAUGAUUGCAAAAUAUGAAAAAAGUAUCACAGUGAAAAUAGGAAAUAAAACCUGAACACUCAUGUGCUUACACAUACAUCUUCAGACGAAGAUGUGCUCACCUAGUUGUGGUUGCAGGGGUCGAGUCAUAGCUCCUGGCCCUGCCUCUUCACUGGUCGCUACUGGGUCACUCUUCCUGCUCGGAGCUUUAUCAUACCUCUUCUUAAAUUAUUAUUAUUAUAAUAAAAGAGAAGACCCCUUAAAGCUAUGUAUGGAUCCUGCCUUUACUGCAUCACUAAUGUGUGUGUAUGCACGUGAAAUCGCUCAGGUUUUAUUUCGUAUGUUCACUGUAGCAUUUUUUCUUAAGUUUCACGUUCAGCAAUAGAGUAUUGUGUUUCAGUACGAGACAUUGCUGGUAAUAAAGGCAAACUCAACAAUACCCUAAAACAGUUUUGUUUUUAAAUAUUGACUUUAUCGUUUUCCUUGCAUAAGUAGUUUUAGGGCAUUGUUUACAAAAGUUGCAAUGUUUACACAUACUCUGUCCAGAGUUUCAUUUAUUACUCUGUCACGAAACACAAAAUGUGAAUCAUAAGUUUAUUAGAACUGUGCCAAAUUUUAUUUACCAUUGUUAAAAAAUGUAUACAUAUAUUUAUAUAUGUAGUGUGUAGUGCAGUAUGAUUAAGAGAGAAAAAAGUGGUCAUUGUAACCAAGCUGCUACAUUGUAAUAUGUAUUGAUGCUGUACCAGUUUUAGUGCUGUUUUCUGCUUGUUAAUGUAUAUAAUAAAAUGAGAAGCCUGUUUGCUAUGUUAAGUAUAAUAGCUCUUUCUUCAACAGGGUAGCUACAUAUAUUUGUUUAUUUCAAUUACAGUAUAUAUGAAGUGUAAUACGUAUGUUGAUAAAUACAGGUACAAAUCAGUCAAGAUUUCUUAUAAUUUUAUUCCAUACAGUGUUAAAGAAUAAAGCUAGAUUACCAAAGUAUUCUAUAAUAAUUAAUCAUAAACUUGUGAGUCUCUUUUGAAUAAUGAGUAUGAUGUUUUUCACUGGUGGUAAUUACAGUAUUUACAAUGCAGGGUUCUGCGAGGAGCAUUGCUCUAUCAAUAAAGCACCUGUUACUUAAUGAUGAACUUUAAAGUGCCGAUGAACUGAGGAAACUUAUGGAGACAGAAAGUGUAAAAAAAAUCUGUAUUGAUCUCUGUCUCAUUGCUGAUAAAGAGCUGAAGUUGAUCGAAAUAUAGUUUCUUUCACACCUGUCUAGGAUUUUUUUCUACACCUGAUAGGGUUGAUAAAUAAGACACCUGUUCAACACUUGGAUAUCUUAGUGUUAAAUGAGCGUCUUAUUAUCAACUUGUCAGUUUUCUAAACCGUUUAUUCCAGCCUAAUUGACGCUAAUCUUUAGGUAGCGUUGAGAAUAGGCUGGACAAAUAUGUGGUCGACGAGGGUUGGAUUUGAGAAAGGCCUGCCAGGUGUGGGCCAGUAGGGCUGCUGUAGUGUUCUUUCAUCCUUAUGUUCUGUCUCAUGUGGGUUUUCUCAGUUCACUUAUUAAGUUUAUUGUCUUUUCUCUUAUUACCUCCUUGUACUGUACCCACAAAAGUAGAAGUAUAUUCAUAAUUUUCAGUAUUCUUUAAUUUAUACUGUACAUAAUUUUGAAAUUUACUGUAGUGCACACCACUUCCUUUUUAACCCGUAAACGGUCCAAGCAGAUCUACGUUCACAUGUGUAGUGCUA